UUUCAAAAUCACCACCCUAAAUAAAUUUAACCCAAAAUCACUGUUUUUCUAAUCACCUCCUUUUUUUCUUCUUUCUUGUUUCUUCCCCAAAUUUCCUACUUUCCUCUUCGCCCCCGCCAAUCCCUAAUUUCAACGGUCCUUUGAAUCUUCACUUUAUUUCUCAUCUCUUUUUCUGGGUUGCUCUAUUUUUUCUUCAAUUUUUCUGGGUUGCUCUUUGAUUUUUCUGGGUUUGUUUUGUUUUGUUUCGGUGAAGUGAGGAGAGAGAAAGUUUCGAAGUGUCUUGAAUGGCGACCUCACCACCUUCAUCUGCUCCAGAAGGUUCUGGAUCUAGGCACCAUACUUACAGUAGGAAGCAGAAAUCUUUGGGACUUUUGUGUUCCAAUUUUUUGAGCUUGUACAAUCGAGAUGGGGUUGAAUCUAUUGGAUUGGAUGAUGCUGCCAAUAAAUUAGGAGUUGAGAGACGGCGGAUCUAUGAUAUUGUCAAUGUUUUGGAAAGUGUUGGGGUGUUAGCAAGGAAGGCAAAAAAUCAGUAUACAUGGAAGGGCUUUAAAGGAAUUCCCAAAGCUCUUGCCGCGCUUAAGGAAGAAGGUUUGAGGGACAAUUUUGGCUCUAGUGGUAGUGGCAAAAUGAAGUUUCAUGUUUUUGACGAUGACGAGGAUACUAAUUCUAAUCCUGAUACUAUAAGUCAGCCAGAAGCACCAAGCAACAAUGCUAAUUCAAAGCCUGACAAUAGAAGGGAGAAGUCAUUGGGGCUUUUGACACAGAACUUUGUCAAGCUGUUCAUAUGCUCUAAUGUUGAUCUUAUCUCGUUGGAUGAAGCUGCAAAGAUCUUGCUUGGUGAUGGUCACAACAGUACAGUAAUGCGAAAUAAUGCAGCCAAAGUCAGACGGUUGUAUGACAUUGCCAACGUGUUGUCCUCCAUGCAACUUAUUGAAAAGACUCAUCAAACAGAGACCCGAAAGCCAGCCUUCAGGUGGUUGGGCUUAAAUGAAAGGAGGGAAAAUACUAUAUGUGGUGUGCCUAUGUCGACUGAGACUAAAAAAAGGGCAUUUGGAACUGACGUUACAAACAUUAGUUUCAAAAGGAGCAAGGUUGAUUUUUCAGCUAAUGAGGAAGGAAAGCAGCUAAAGCUGCAGGUGAAAACAGAAAAGGUUGAAAGUGAGUUUCACACAAACCCUGCUGAGCAGAAUGCAAGACCAAGAAGCUACCAAUAUGGUCCAUUUGCUCCGGUUACCGUGGCUAAAGCAGGUGUUGCUGAUCAGAAAGACACUAAGCGUGUCCACGACUUGGAAAGUCUUGCCUCUGUUUAUCGCCCUCAGUAUCACAAUCAAGCUUUGAGAGAUCUGUUUGACCAUUAUACGGAAGCAUGGAGAUCUUGGUACUCAGAAGUAGCUGGGAAGUCACUCGAGCAGGUUUCCUGAUACAUUUAACCAACACCAAACAACGGCCAUUCUUAGAGCUUGAAUUACAACAGUGGGAGUUUGCUUGUUAUCCACACAUUCGGAAGUCCAACACAAUAUAACAGAUGGCUCAGACGCAUUUUCUCAAUGCACCAAAUCAACAUGCCUAAUUUAGGGAGAGCAUGCACAUCCUUUGUUUCUUCACGGGACAAACAAAGGGUGAAGCUAAAAGUUCUAAGGAUUGGGAAGAAACUCAACAUUGUAAAUGGAUUUGUUGCAAAUUCCCAUGAGGUUAUUUGAGUGGAUUAAUGAUAUGCACCUUCAUGAGCCAUCCAAUGCGUCUUUGCUAACUAGGAAUUGCUCUUUCAGCAUCAAAGAAUAGCGCUAUUUGCAGUAUGCUGGAAAAUGUCGUAGAGUGUGGAGAAUUUUUCUUAGUACAAUUGUGUAGAACUAUAUAACUCAUUGCAAAGAAAUUUGACAAGAUAGUUGCAAUGGA